AUGAUCGUUCGUUCGGUGCCGGUGUCUACGUAUUUCGGCCUCGGUGUCCCCUCUUACCAUGCGUAUCCCGCCCUGAAAUCUUCUUUCCCUCGAGCUCCCCGAGGGGCACAAAGUCGACGUUCCUUCUCACACUUUCCAUACCUCCAACAAGCCGCCAGUAACACCUCUGCAAACCAUUACGAUGUCCUCAGGCUUCCUAUGCAGGCCACGCCGGCCGAGCUCAAAAAGCAAUUCUAUGUCCUGUCCAAGGAGACACACCCUGACGUGAACAAAAGCGACCCUAAGGCUUCGGAGCGCUUCGCGCAGAUAAGCGAGAGUUACUCUGUUUUGGCAGAUCCUGAGAAGCGAAAGAGGUAUGACCGUGAUAUCAUGAAGGCCCAUCAUCCCCACCAUCGCGGUCACAGUAGUCACGGCCACCGAUCUCAGGGAGGGACCUAUGCGGGCCACAGACCGGCCAGUGGUCUGAGCAAGCGGCGAAGCGUUUUCAAAGGCCCACCGCCCUCGUUCUACGCGCAUGGAAGCCCUUCAUCGCAGACUCAACAGAGAGCCGAUGCGCGCCCGCAGGGCCAACAUGCCGCAGGAGAGCAAUACACGGCGGGAACUUUCAACGCGGGCGCAUUUUCAGACGGAGGCCCGGCCUUUGAUGCUCGGCCAACCUUCAAGACACAGACGCACGAAGACUACCGCCGCGCUAAUCGCCGGGCAGCGGAACUGGCGGCAGCACAGGCUUCAGUGGAGGAGGACAACUUCUGGGCCCGCUUCAUUGUGGUGUCGGGAAUUAUCGUUUUGGGUGUCUCAGUCGGCACAUUGAUAUUACGCAUGGCCAAUACACCUCGAGGAGGCGGGCUUGUUCGAGGGGACGGCAGUCGAAGGGACGGAGCGAAGAAUGAAUGGACGAAAGGCUAG